UUGUUUCCUUGUGUGGUUCAGGGCGUGGCCACGCCCCGGCCACCGGAAACAUCUGUGUGACGACACGAAAAACCUACGCGUCACGCGGGGUGCAGGAGUUGGCGGACGGUCCCUGGCUGGCUUCUGGAGGCCCUGCGACCGCGGAAGAGGCUUCUGAGGGCUGCCGCAAUGCCUCGCCCACGGCGGGUCAGUCAGCUUCUGGAUCUGUGCCUUUGGUGCUUCAUGAAGAAUAUUUCCAGAUACAUCACAGACAUUAAACCUUUGCCUCCCAACAUAAAAGAUAGACUGAUUAAAAUAAUGAGCAUGCAGGGGCGAAUAACAGAUUCAAAUAUAAGUGAGAUUUUACAUCCUGAAGUCCAAACUCUAGAUCUACGGAGCUGUGAUAUUUCAGAUACUGCUCUCCUGCACCUGUGUAACUGUCGAAAACUGAAGAAACUUAACUUAAAUUCCUCAAAAGGAAACAGAGUUUCCAUAACUUCAGAAGGAAUUAAAGCUGUGGCUUCAUCUUGUUCAUACCUGCAUGAAGCUUCGUUGAAAAGAUGCUGCAAUCUCACUGAUGAAGGAGUCCUUGCUCUUGCACUCAACUGCCGGCUGCUAAAGAUCAUUGAUUUAGGUGGCUGCUUAAGUAUUACUGAUGUGUCCUUACACGCAUUAGGAAAAAACUGCCCAUUUUUGCAGUGUGUGGACUUUUCAGCUACUCAGGUAUCUGACAAUGGUGUGGUUGCGCUUGUUAGUGGACCUUGUGCCAAGAUAUUAGAGGAGAUCCAUAUGGGACAUUGUGUAAAUCUAACUGAUGGAGCUGUAGAAGCUGUCCUAACUUACUGUCCUCAGAUACGUAUAUUACUCUUCCAUGGAUGCCCGCUAAUAACAGAUCAUUCACGAGAAGUCUUGGAGCAAUUAGUAGGCCCAAACAAACUUAAGCAAGUGACAUGGACUGUUUAUUGAUGGUAUUGAAGCUUAUCAAAGCUAUGAAAGUUUAUCAAAACUACUUUCCCAGGAAAUGGUCUGUAGAGAUUUAUGUUCCAUUUAAUUUAACACUAUUUUAUUAUUUUAUUGUCUUAUUUAAGGUAUAACUGUCAGAGAAUCAGCUAAAUCUCAGUAUAUACAUGGUUUGUGCUUUGACGUUAACAAGACUCUCAACCAUUUUAAUGGUGUUAUUAUUCUA